UUAAAAAAGUAUAAAGAUAGCACUGGUUGUAUUGUGAAAUUCUAGUUCACUGGUAUAACAUUUUAUAUACAAAGUCCCUUUGCCCUUAAACAAACACACACAUAUGCAUACUGUCAGUUGUGGAGACCACAGUCUUUUUGCUGAGAAACUCAUAGAUAUCGAAUCAUAGAAUAAUUUAAUCUCUAUGUAGAUGAAGUGUAAUUACAGUGUAUUUGAUUUAAUUGGUUCUAGGCUGUAAUGUCUACUGUGGGAGUGACUGCUUUCUCAGGAUGGAUGUUAGAAUUAGAUUAGAAUUAGAAAACUACCUAAACAAACAAGCACAGAGACACCGCUGGAUUUUGUGAUUUCAAUUUUCUUGCUAGUAAUGAUAGUUAUAUUAGUAUUGUCAUACGUGAGCAUACUCAUGUUCACAUUCAGCAGGAAGCAUCUUUGUGUCCAAAUACAGCAUCAGAGGUGCUUGUUAUUUAAUUAUAACAAAACAAAGAAUUAUGAAGCACCUGCAUGUAACUUCACAGCCGGCAGCUUGUGGGGGAUGUUCCCAGGAGUUUCUAUUGCAUAAGUUCUGUUGGACUCUUCCAAUAAAAGGAGGGGUGGUGAUUACACCUUGACAAACGUUUCCAGACACCAUAGAGGACGAGGUCACAGUCAUGAUGCUCGCUGGUUUCUUCUUUCUGUUCCUCGUCUCAGGUGGGAGCACCUCCAAUAUUUCGGAACAAACAGAACUUCAGGAUGAUCAACCAAACUUCAAUCAGGACAAUGAUGAAGGGUUCAACAUCUCAACGACAGACAUCUUGAAACCACCAGAGCUCAAUGGAAGUACCAACCAGGACUCAAAAUAUCCCGAGCUUCAACAGGGGAACUAUACAAACCAGAAUGAUACGAACACGACUGUCAUGUUUCAACGAUCUGAAGAUGGUAGGAUCCACACAAACUGCUCCCAUCGGGCUGUUUAUAAGUACUUGAAACUGGUGAAGGACAACGACAUUUCCAAGAUUGGUCCUUCUUUUUAUAAUUUCCCCACAGAGGUAAACGUGGAAGUACGUCUCUAUGCCAUUCUAGAUGUGAACGAAAAGGAACAGCGAUUUGUUUCCUACAUUUGGAUUGUGUCGUUUUGGUACGACCCUGACAUAUAUUGGAAGCCUGCAGAUUUCUGCAAUAUUUCGACAAUUUAUCCCCCUUCGGAUGUAUUGUGGACUCCAGAUCUAACAAUCGAAGAGAUGAUAGAGGAUAAUAAGGUUUCUAAGAGUCCUUAUGUCUCCCUUGACGAUCGUGGAUUUGUCGUUCUUCGGAGCAACAUGGUGGUAGUCAGCAGUUGCAGGAUGGAAGUUUACAAAUUUCCCUUUGACGUCCAGAACUGCAAACUGUCUUUCAAGUCCAUUGCACACACAUCUAAGGAUCUGAAGAUUACAAAUUGGAUGGAAAAACAAUUGAAUUUUGAACGGUCUCUUGAAAGAAUGACUCAAUCCGAGUGGCUGUUUGUCAACUUGAACAUCAGCGAGGAAGUGGUCUACGAUCUUGAUGGAUAUAAAACCAUGCUGAUUUACACUAUCACCAUGAAGCGGCGGUCUGCCCUCUACAUCGCCAACUUCUUGCUUCCGAUCAUGUUCUUCUUGGGUCUGGACUUGGCCUCCUUCGGGAUCUCAGACAGUGGGGGCGAGAAGCUCGGCUUCAAGGUCACGGUGCUGCUGGCUGUCACUGUGAUGCAGCUUAUCCUCAACGACAUCCUGCCUGCCUCUUCAGACAGGAUUCCUCUCAUUGCAAUCUACUGCAUUGGGGUUUUUGGUCUGAUGAUGCUGAGCCUGGUGGAGACGAUUUUGAUGAUGUAUCUGUUAGGAAAAGACGCUGCAGCCGAAGAAAACAGGGAAGAUGAAGAGCAAAGACGGAAUUUGAAGAAAAGGACGUCUGCUGAUGAAACUCCAUCCGAACAACUGUCAGUCGCCAAAGAGGGCGACAGCAGCAAACCGACUGUGGAGUCCAUUGCUUUGGAGAACAUCUCAGAUGAGCUGAGGGAUGUGGAGAAAACGCUGACUCGGGUCCUCAACGGAAGGAAGGAAGGAAAUAAGGCCGGCUGCUGGACCAAGGUGGCUGAAAAAGUCAACAUUGUUUUCAUCAUUACCUAUGUCAUAGCUGUCAUUGUGUUUUUGAUUGUUCUCUUUUCACAGUGGACUAAAGAUGACGAGUAGUGCUCGCUAGAUUAACAUGGGCAUCCUCAAUGAAGUGAUUACUAAUAUUAUCAUCAAUAUCUUGCUGAGCAGACAUUGUGAAUCGGUUGUCUUCUUUAUGUGAGCGGCCCCUUUAAAGUAGAAAAAAGUUAGAAUUAUCUUUUGUUCAUUAUAUAUUAAUGUGACAAACACAUUAAAUGAAUUACAGAAUUCUUGUUCUCUUCACCGUUCCCUCCCAAACCUUAGCUCACAAUUUGCAUGUCAUCAUUUAUUUUCUGAUAUUCUAUUGUUUGAUGAAUUUGAUUUGACUUUACAAUACCAUACAGGCCAUUUGUAAAACAAUGCUGAAUCAUCACGAUGUCAACAUUAUAUUCUGUUUGUUUUUUUUACCAAAUCACAUAUCGGCAUUAAAGAAAUAACGUUAAAUUGAGAAGUCUCGCCAGGAGGAUCCUUUGCUCCUCUGUCCUUAACCACUUUGCUUUCUAUGCUGUAAAUGUCAUUUUGAAUCAGCUUUAAUUAUUGAUUUUUUUAUGGAUCAUUCUGGGAUUUGGUUAUGUUCUAUUUGAAUCAAUUACCCACACUGCAUGAAAAGUGAGAUUUUCGUCCCCGUUAACGCCCG